ACCUGCGUAGGUCAAAUGAAAUUGUCGACUAGUUGCAAUAAUCUGUGGUUGAAUUACGUCCAAAUACGUCUGUCGACUUGUCGUAUUGUAAAGACGUCAAAAAUAACGACAAUAAAACAAAGUAAAAAAACAACUUGCUCUGGCCCCCAUUUAACAUAUUCCAAAAUGAGUACUAGUAUUGAACCGCCCAAGUUUGCCAGUCCAGAUGAAGAAAUCAAGUUCUGGAAAGCCCUGGCUCUAAAGUAUCACGAAGACCUAGAGAAAGCCGGCCAGGAGGCAGAUGAAUUCAUGAUGGACUCUAAACAGCUUGAGAAGGAAUUGGAGUCUACCAUUGAUCAGAAUGAGAGAAAGAUUAAAGAACUCAGUAUUAGUAACAACAGGGCUCAAAACGAAGUUGACGCAAUAAGGGUCAAGCUGGACAUUUGUUUCAAAGAAAGAACUAAUCAACAAACUGAAAUUGACCAACUGAAAGCUGAAAAACAAGAUCUUAUCAGCAAAAUCAUCGAACUGGAAAACUGUAAUGAUGACCUGGAACGGUCCAGAAGAAUAAUUGAGGAAAGUAUGGCUGGUUUUGAACAAGCUCUCAAUUCGGCUCUUGAGAAAAAUGCAAUGUUAGAGAAUGAGGUCGAUGAAAAGGAACGUUUAAGGGAAAAGUUACAAAGGCUGGCAGACGAAGUGAGAGAUCUCAAACAGGAACUUUUAGUAAAAGAGAAGGAACGAGCCCCUGACAACGAACGAUACAUGAAUGGAUUUAAGAGCCCUUCUAUAGAUAACCGACUGAAAGAGAACGAAACACAGACUUCAACGAAUAAACGAGAAUAUCCACCGCAAUUAACUCCAGCCUCACGAGUGAUGGCGCUGAAUAUUGUGAGCGACUUAAUACGAAAAGUCGGGGGCUUAGAGCGGCACCUAAACUAUACCGAACUACAACCCGUUGAGUUAAGAAAAAAUCAACGUUCUUCACUUAACGGUUCUCCGCCAGGUAUUAAUGGGGUAUCAAAAUAGGGAAAGCUAAUUUUUACUUAUUGAAGUCGAUUAAACAAAACAACUGAUUAACCAGGCGGGUGCAAGUUUGGCUCUGGGGUAAUUGGAGGGAAUAUUUUAUGUAGAGCGAUUAUUAACAUUGUUGAACUGCAAACUAUGUAAUACUCUGAUGACAGGUUUUGAAAACCGAAGAAAUUAAAAUUGAUGAAAGGCCAUUUAUUACGAAUAAAUAAAGUCUUUUAAAAUUUUUAGUUCGUUAGUUAUACUCUCAUGGGUAUUCCCUUCAAGAACAGCAAUAGGAAAUGUGUAAAAAAACUCACCGUGAUUCUUCUUAUUGACAGUAUUAUAGUUCCUGGACUGAUAUUAUCUAAUGUGAUACUUUGAAAUUGAGCAAAAUUUAGUUUACUUUUGUUUUUCCUGUUAUAUUAUAUAAUAGGUCAAUCUUAUAUGAGCGGGACUUUAGCUGCAAAUCUAUAUUCUCAAAGCAUAAGUAGAUAGGUAUAAAAUGGCAGUUUUUCAAGAUAUUUUGGGAAAUAUGUAGCGCAGGGGUCUAUUGUCUUUCCACUAGAUUUUUUAGAUCCUUUCGACUUUGAGAAACUAUAAGUACUUAAUUAUGUAAGUUGUUUUAAAUAGUGAAACACAGUUCACUAUGUAUUAAUGACCAUCAAGUACAAUAUAUUUUUUUACGGACAGCUCUCUUAUUAUGUGAAAUUCCCCUUUUUUCUGCUUAGGAAUUCCUAAUAUAAAUUUCUACCGUUACCAACAACUGUUGAAUACAUAAGCCAACAUGCCCCUGCCCUUAUUUAGCCAUCAGUAAAAACAAGAAUAUAUAUACAUAUUUACAAACUUUAAUUAUUACAUAUUUGCAAUGCGCACUAACAGAGCGUUUUUUACACUUUUAUAUUGUGUUCCUACUCACAUCGGUGAGUCUCUCUAGAGGCGAGUUGUUUAGUUUAAUUUAUUUUAGCAGGUAAAACAAUCCCUAUUCGUUUAAUAUGGUGCGUAUAUUAAUAUAGAAUAAUUGAUUUGGAAACAUGUGAUCUUAUUUUUUUAUGUCAUUAAUUGUUGACAUAAAUUAAAUAGAAACGCUUUAGUUAGCCCAGAACUUAGGCGGCCAAGUGAUAUGUACAGAUGGUUAAUUUUCUUACUAGAACAGUUCAAUAACGUUGCUCUAAUUUAUUUCCUGAUGUAAAUAAACUGUUGGUGGAAAAAAAUAAACAGUGUACCCGACACUUUGAUCACUUGGUGCCAAUAAUUGUAUAUCAGAUACCUACAUUAAUAAAUGAUGUAAAAUAUGUAAA